AUGGCAGCCGUUGCUGAGCAGAAGUUUCCUACUGACCCCGAGUACGACCAGUACAAUUUCCCCACAACCGCGCCGGAACCGCAGCAUGGCCACCCAGGCCACACCACCCCGGAACAGGAUACACAAGUGCAGCAGCUGCGGGCAAUGCUGGAGCAGAUGGGCUACACAGAACGAUUGGACACCCUGACUCUCCUGCGGUUCCUGCGCGCCCGUAAAUUCGAUGUCGAGGCGUCGAAGAAAAUGUUCGUGAACUGUGAGAAGUGGAGGAAAGAAUUAGGGACAGAUGACCUCCCUGUUACCUUCGAAUACCUCGAGAAGCCCGAUGUCUUCAAGUACUACCCGCAAUACUAUCACAAGACGGAUAAGAUCAUUUUCAAAAAGACACUAGGUGGAGAUUAUUUCGCAUUUACCCUCGAUCUUCAGUGA